UCAGCAAUGCAAUGAUGUUGAGCCCGACUGCAACGAAGCGAAGUGUCACCAGAGAUGUCCCUGAGGACUGCCGGAGCUGCCUGGUGUGUUCCAGAGAGAACGGCUGUGAGAGUUGUCCGGAGAAGCUCUUCCUCUUCCUCAGCAGGGAGGACAUGCGGCACUACGGCUCCUGCCUUCACUCCUGUCCCGCAGGACACUAUGGCAUGAGGGGCCAGGACAUGAACCUGUGUCUGAAAUGCAAAGCUCCCAACUGUGAGAGAUGCUUCAAUAAAGAUUUCUGUACAAAAUGCAAAGGGGGUUUCCAGCUCUUUAAAGGCAAAUGCUUAACCACCUGCCCAGAAGGCACAAUUCCACACCUAACAGACUGCAUAGAGGGCUGUCAGGUGCGUGAGUGGGGUGAGUGGAACGCCUGUGAGCGGGACGGGGUGCACUGCGGCUUCAGGUGGGGCAAACAGAACCGCAGCAGAGAGUCCUACGGAGGCCAGGAGGGGGCGCCACAGCCGUGUCCCACUCAACAAGAAAUCAGGAGGUGCAAGAUGAGGAAGAGGUGUCCUGAAGAGAGACGAAAGAAGGGGAGGAGACAGGGGAGGAAGAAAGACAGAAAACGCCAGCGGUUCCACAGCAAUUCAACCACCACAGAACAACCAGCGGAACAUAAAACUGUCACACAGUCAUCCGGGCAACCUAAAACUGUAACACAGUCAAUGGGGGGAACCUAAAACUAUAACACAAUCACCAGCGGGAUCCUAAAACUGUUACAUGGUCAACGGGGGGGAACCUAAAACUAUAACACAAUUACCAGGGGAAUCCUAAAACUGAAACACAAUCACUGGGGGAACUUGAAACUGUAACACAGUCGUCUGGGGAACCUAAAACUGUAACACAUAUGUUGUAGCUGAAUUACUGGUGAGAACCUAAAGGCUGUAACACAGUAACUUCUGGGGAGGUGGGGGACAGGAGAUCUAAAGACAUAAAAAAUAACCGGGAAGCCUAAAAACUUUGCAUGCAAUUACUAGGGGUGGGGAGACCUAGUGGGAAUGUUCUGGUGCAAAAGUGUGAAUGUUCUUGUGCAAAAGAGUGACUGUUCAGUUCUUCAUCCCAUAUGUCAGCUGGUCAUAUGGAGGAAGUUAAAGAACAAUGGCCCAGUUCUCAUGAAAUCCAGAAUUAUGCUUUUCAUGCCAAAACACUAAGCACCAUUCAUUCCACUGCAAGAACAUCAAAUAUAUCUCCUAUAUUAAUCAUACUGCAUACACCACACCAUACGUAUUGUGCACAUUUUAGUGAAGAAAAAACACGAACCUCUUUAAACCAUCAUUUUGCGGUUUUCCGUUGCUGUGCUGUGAAUCUAUAGCAAAGUGUCUCGGCUGCCAUUUUGUUUCCGAUGAGCCCGAGAUGCCUGUUUAGGAAUUAAACUGCAGACAGAGUAACCCUCUGGCGGAAACAACCCGUCACUUUGCAUGUCCUCCCUGUGAAGAUGGCUCUGUUGGUGGCUGGCAGGCAUACACUUCCCCCCCCCCUCCACUCUUUACCCCACUGCGGCUGUUUUAAUUUAACUGCUUGAGUCCUUCUGCUCCUCUAUUUCAGCGGAAGCCACAGCUCCCCUAAUGUGCAUUUGCAUAAUGAUAAUAAUAAUAUGUUUUGAGUAAUUGUCUCAUUGUUUAAAUCCUGGAGGGCGGCAGUGGCUGCCGGUUUUUGGUGGUGUUUUCAGUGUGCUUCAUUUAGCCCAUUGUUAGGGGAAAGAAUCCACACACCUUGAAAUUUAAAAUGGCUGCCAAAGGAAUCCAUAAUUACCUGCAGACCUCCAGGACAUGAGUUUGACUAUAUCUGUUUAUAGAAUUUAGCAGUACAGCUGCAAACUCCCUGUGUUCCUAUAUAUUAUCAUAACAAGAUUUAAAAAAUAAUAAUUGAAAACACACACAACAUUGACAAUGAAAUGAAAAGAUUCACCAGUGUGGGUAUAGUGGUAGACAGUGUUAAGAAUAAUAUCUAAAUGACCUUAUCAUAUAGGUUGUUUGGGAAACAGGCAAUAAUGUAAUGUAAGCUAAGAUCAAUUAUUUGUUUGUCUCUUUUGGACUCCCUUAAAAGAAUUAUACACUGAUGAUACUUCUGCUGCAAAAAUGAUAGCUAACUAUAUGGCAUUUCAUGCAAUCAUUCCAUGGCAAAUCAAAAUGUUACACUUUAUGAGAACUAACCAGCUAAGAAAGCACUUGUGUGAGUAGAUGUGUCUCCAUCCAGUUAGUCCGCUCUCUUGCUUGCCAACUAUGUAGUUUACUGGCUAAUUACAGUAGCCUAAUGCAGUUGGAAUGGUAGUCCAUCGUACCAGUGCUACAUACAAGCUAGACUACAUACCCAGCUAGCUAACUGCUUGCUUGACUAUAUUAACUCCUCGUUGUGUAAUCAUUAGCUAUCUAAUUAUUCAAACAUUUUAGUAGAAAGGUAAUAACGAUAGAUUGGUCAUAAUUACAUUAUUUACCUGCUGAGGGUAAGCACUGAAACAACAUGAGCUUGCUGUAGUCUUUCGGGCAAGUUAUCAGUAGACAUCGAUCAGUCUGUCUAGCUAGCUAGUUAGCAUAGGGAACUACUGUAAUGGAUAUAGCAUAGUGAAGAUGGCUUAGUGUGGGAAAAACUUGUGAAAUAAAGUCUAAUUACAAUGAUACAGAUGUUUAAGGUAAAGUAAAUGUAGCACUUUUGGAAAGUAUUUAGACAAAUUAUGUCACUAGCAGAUCUAGUGACAUAAUCCCUAUGUUGGAAACACUCAAAAAUCAUUCCCACUUGUAAUGAUGUUGAGUCUCUAUUAUAAAUCACUGAGAGGUAGAAGCACAUGAUGUCAUACUCACCACCAUUUUACUUCACAGUAUAUUCAACUUAACUCUGUGGGUUUUCACCUGACCCUUGGUAUCUAACCCUAAUUUAAUGAAAAUAACAGUUGUUUACAUAUUUACGUAUUUCAGUGUUUCACAUUACUUGUUUGCUUCUGAAAUACCAUUCAUUUUUUGGGUGAUGUACUUUAGUGUUGUAGCCUGCUUUGCAGGAGUUGCUGCUGCUACAGGCUAAAUAAUGUAACCUAACAAUGGCUGGCUUGCUAUAAUGUUUGCCAACUGUCUGUUAUUAGUUAACUCUGUUUUUAACAAAUUUAGCUUGCUGGCUGGCUAUUUUAUUAGAUUUAUUAGAUUUCUCAAUCUAAACAUUAAAAUUCACACACAUUCAAAUCCGGCAGCUGUAUUUACAGUGUUCAAUUGCCUUUCUUGCAGGGGCACAGUGAACCAAAGAUUGAAAAAAUGCAGUGUAUUCAGUGCAAAGGCACAAGUACCAAGAAUGCUAAUUACAGAAACAUAAGAAUCCAAAUGACAGUGAAAUACUGAGCAACCACAAUGAAAGAACUCAACAUUUCUUAAAACUUGUUAAACAUCUUAAAUGUAUUGCUCCAAAUAAAGGGUAAAAACAUAUUGUAUGCAUGCAUUGUGUCGCAUCUCCUAAAGGUCAAUGAUAGAAUGGCAUUUCAAAUAAUUUCUUGGGGGAAAUACAGGAAACAGGACAGGUAUACAUGUGCUUGGAAUGAUUGCCCGGGCAUUUUAGGAAUGUUCUGGAAAGUAUGUUUUACAAAAUGCCCGCUGGGAAAUUUUAAAAAAUGUAUAAAAUUGUACAUGAUUCUUGCCAAGCAUUUUGAUGAUUUCUGUAAAACAGUGGUCUCAAACUCAGUGCCAUGGAGGAUCGUGUGUAUGCUGUUCAUUCCAGCCUCAGAGCCUGAUUAUAUAAUUAAUUCAAUUAUUUGCUGUAUUAGGGCUGGACGUUUGCACAGAAUGUAUAUUAAGUGAAAUGUGUUACUUGUGUUUUCUAAAUAACAACUGUUAAAUGCAGUUCAAUGCAUAUGGCUGAAUUAAUAAUUGAAAUCAAUUAAGACAGUAAUUGGUCGGAAUGAAAACCUGCAUACACACGGCUCUCCAUGGCAACGAGUUAGAGUGUAUUGCCAACAAGUGUGCUUUAAAAAGAUUAUACAUGAAAAAUGUACGAUGAAGCUAUUUUGAAUGUGUUCUGAAUGCUAUGCCAACUAUUGUCCAAUGAAGGUCCUUUUUAUGUCAUUUAAAAAUGCUAAUGUAAUGUAUUCUAAGGUGCGUUUUAAUGUCUAGUACGGGGACAGGCAAGGGGGGCCGUAUCUGUUUCUGGAUUUCAGACCAACUUCUGCUCUCAAUUAUUUAAUAAGGCCAAUCAUUUACCUGAUCUGCCAUUGAUAUCCACAUUCCGUGAUAUAAACAGCAGCUGAUAAAUGUUCUUGUCUUGCUGCAUUUUAUUGCAGUCUAAUUUACGAGUGAAUCAGUCAUGGUGCAUAUAGCUAACUAGCUGAUUGAGCCAGGGUAAUGACAGAAAAAUACUGUACACAUACCGUACACACUGGCCCUCCAGGAAUAGAGUUGUCCAUCCCUGGUCUAGUGUCAAAGAUGGUUGUCAAUGUCUUUUAUAUUCAAUGCUCCUAAAAUUGUUAGCACUUGCCAUAAUAGCACUACAACACAUAACAUGCUAUAAAUCAUUAUGAAUGUUUUAUGUUGGUCUUUCUGCUAGACCUUGUCAUAUACCAUGUUUAUGACUGCUGAUUUGGAGUCAUAUUUGUGUUAUCAGAAUCAUGUACUAAAUAUUUUCAAUAUGGAAAAUGUGUAAUACAAAUAUAUGCAAUACAUGUAAGUACUUUUCUUAUUGCUUAAAUUAUUAUGAUUCAUUGGUGUGCUGUAUAAUAUAAAGCAGGUGUCAUCAAAUUCGACCCUCGAAUCGAAAUCCAGCCCUGGUUUUAACUGAACACUUAGUGCUACUGAUUGGCCAGACUGUCUUUACACCUGACUCCCAGGUAAGGGGAGGGUGGAAAACGAGACUUGAUGAUCCCUGGCAAGAAGGUGGAUGUGUAAAUCACAAAGGCAAUGUAGGUCCUUCAGAUACAUGAAAAGGCUGCUUCAGAAUCUGUUGGCGUGAUGGCUUGUGAAAGGUCUUCGGUGAUAUUAAGGGUACCAUGACUUUGGAGUUAUACUGCUUUGAACUGUGCUUCUCUGAAACUUGUCUGUUCUCAGCUGUCAUACGACAACAUAGAAGUGGCAGGUUCGGCUUACGUUUAAGCAGCAUUCUACAAUGUACCUGUUCAGCAAUUGAGCAUUGAGCAGUGUCACUCAGUAUUCGAGCACUGUGAGCAAUUGAGUUCCAAUAACGACUUAUCAAUAUGAUGUGUAUAAUGUGAUGUAUAACUGCUACUGCUCGUGUUCAGGACAGACUAUUAACAAACUUUCAAAUGAUGGAACAAAUGAUUUAAUGCAAAAAUGAAUUAAUAAAUAAUGCAAUUUA